CGCUCAGUUAUUGUUUCUGCCUGUAAGCCAGCUUCGGUUGAUGAAGUUGUUCUGUUCAACGCGAUGCCACGAAAUGCCCCGCGGCUGCUCAUGAUGCCACUUGUCCUGAAUGCAAUCUGAUUCUCUCAACUUGCACAAUCCUAACUAGUUAAUUCCCACCCCCUGAGCUCAAUAUUGGAGACUCUUUUAAGAGCGAAGCUCUACGAUUAAAGAGAGACACCUACUUUCCCAUACCAGCUUUCCCCUGGAAGAAGCGGCCUUCCACGAUGCUGCCCAUUCCCGCUGCAUUUUUCCUCUUCCUCCCCUUCUUCCUCGACCAGACAACAGCCUACAAUCCCAACAAAUCCCCUUCCCGCAAUGCCGUUCUCCUCUCAAACAUCCAGACCCUCACUCUCCAUGCAAACCGAAAAACCAGCCAUCGACGCGUCUCCGCUAUCCCGCAGCUAACUUGCGUCGGCCCUUCCAAACGCAUCUGCUCCUUGUAUAUACCCGACGUUAUGCGCUGCACAAACCAAGGCUACGACUACGACGAGAAUGAUAUCCAGUGGACGUGUACAGCCGAGUUGCCCCCGGAGUUUAAGCUGGGUAGCACAGAAGUAGUGUGCGAAGGGUAUAGAGACUCCAAUGAUCCGUGGAUAUUGAAAGGAAGUUGCGGGGUAGAGUAUCGGAUGCUGCUGACGGAGGAGGGAGAGAGAAAAUUCCCCUAUAUGACGGGCGGUGCGUUGGACGACAGAAGUUGGGCAGAGCAGCUGUGGGAUUUCGUUAAAGGUGUGGGUACGAUUUUUAUCGUCAUGGGGACCUUCAUUGCGUUGAUGAGUUAUUGUAAUCGGUCUACUAUUGGCAAUGUGAGGGGAGCGGGUGGUUGGUUUGGCGGUGGUGGUGGAGGCGGAUGGGGGCCUCCUGGCCCUCCGCCACCCUAUGAUUACCAUGGAAGGUAUACGAAGACGGAAACAUGGCAGCCGGGAUUCUGGUCUGGAGCCCUCGCUGGGGGGCUAGCAGGAUACGGGCUGGGAAAUCGGCGUUCGUCAGGCCGGAGAACCGUAUAUACCCCAAGCAGCUCUGGCAGUAGCAGCGCCGGCCCGUCUAACUGGACAAGAGAGAGCACAGGCUUUGGAGGCACAAGACGUCGUUAGGCGCGAAAUGCAAAGCCGGGGGGGGGGGGGGGGGGGGGGGAAUUAGAAAUAAGUUACUCUAAUCGCUUGGAACUAAGCUUGUUUGGUUUCUAUCACUAUAUAGCUAGCAUUCGACAUGCGGAUAAUAAUAUACAUAGUGAAACCAAGACAUUUAUUAGGAAAGGG